UUCUCCUCCAGGAAGAAUGUUAACACCUACAUUACCAUCGGCAUUUGUUAGUCUGUGUUUUAGCUCUACAGCUAAUUCAACAGUCCUCAUUCAUGUAUUUUGUUUUACGGGUUUUUCAGAGAGACAGUGUGGCCAGUAAAGUCGCGCUGCACCUUUAGAUGAGGAAGCUCCUUUUUGGUGCCUGGGUGGUGUUCUACAGCUCGGCGCUUUUACUAACCAGAAAGCUGUGGACCGGAAACUACACACGAAGUCCGCUCGCGCGCAGGAUUUUCCUGAACGCGUUAAGCAGCUCGGGUUUUAAUGCACAAGGAAUGCAAGAGUGGUAUCGCUGCUGCCCUGACCUGUUGGGUGAGAAGAUCCAGCCCUUGUUUUUGCAGAGUCAGUUAGAUGAGGAUACUCAAGCUUUCCUUCAGAGAAGUGUGGAGAAAUCGGGCUGGGUCUUUACCCAGCUCUACCACUCAGUCUUCUCCACCAUCUUCAGCCCAAUCAUCUCAAGGACAUCCAUCAAUGGGUUUCUGGGCCGAGGCUCCAUGUUUGUUUUCUCGCAGAACCAGUUUCACCAACUUCUCCGAAUCGGUCCAGACUGGAGAGGAAAAAGAUUACUGGAUCUAGGAGCUGGGGAUGGAGGUGUCACUGAAGUAAUGGGUUCUCAUUUUAAAGAGGUUUAUGCCACUGAAGUGUCUCCUCCAAUGAGGUGGCAGCUCCAAAGAAAGAACUACAGGUUGUUGGAAAUUGAUGAAUGGCAAAAAACAGGUUUCCAGUAUGACAUUAUCAGCUGUCUGAACCUCUUGGACCGAUGUGAUGAACCUUUACAGCUGCUCUGGGACAUCAAGAAGGCUCUGGUACCUGGCACAGGACGGCUGAUCCUUGCAGUUGUUCUGCCCUUUCAGCCUUACGUUGAAAUAAGAGGAAGAUGGGUGCGUCCAGUACAGCACAUUCAUGUGAAAGGCACGACUUGGGAGGAGCAAGUUAAAAACCUGUCGGACGUAUUCUCGAAUAUAGGAUUCGAGGUGGAAACAGUGACACGCCUGCCAUAUUUAUGUGAGGGAGAUAUGCACCAGGAUUAUUAUGUCUUGGAUGAUGCAGUGUUUGUACUGAAGCCUCAGGAAUGACUCCAUUUAUAAGAAACUUGAAUUCACUCGAGAUCUUUCUGGGUGUUUAUAGAAUUAGAUCUUCAUACAAGUCCUUUACACAAUACUGAAUUAGAAUUUUAAACAUUUUACCUAUUGUAGUACAGGUAGUCGUCGACUUACAACCUAUGCAACUUACGACCGAUCGACUUUACGAACGUCUGGUUAUGACUGGCAAGUGUUUCCCAGCUGAGCGUACAUCAGUUUCCGCCCCAGCUCCUGGUUUAUGAAACGAGCAAAUCCUCCCGCCAGCCCGAGCGCUGCAACAGCUGAUGAUGUAGACGACCCACAGCCAAGCACCAGUGAUGCCAGUAGUCACUAAGUUUUGUAUUUUGCUGUGUUUUACAUUUGUAUUUUGCUAUGUUUCAAACUAAAAUGUUUUCUAUUUUUCACAC